GAGCUGGAACAGAUGGCAAAGGAGCAAGAUAAAGAGUCGGAUAAACAGGCCUUACUGCGGGAAGUGGAAAACCAUAAGAAACAAAUGCUCAGCAACCAGGCAGCUUGGAGAAAGGCAAACCUAGCCUGCAAAAUUGCUAUCGACAACUCUGAGAAAGAUCAGCUACUGCAGGGAAGAGACUCCUUAAGACAAAGGAAGACUACAAAGGAAAGCCUGGCAGAGAGUGCAAGUAACAUCACGGAGAGUCUGAUGGGGAUUAGCAGGAUGAUGUCGCAGCAAGUGCAGCAGAGUGAGGAGACCGUGCAGACCCUAGCCAAUUCUUCACGAACCAUCCUGGAAGCAAAUGAAGAAUUUAAGUCCAUGUCUGGGACUAUUCAAUUGGGGCGAAAGCUGAUAACAAAGUACAAUCGCAGGGAACUGACGGACAAGCUGCUCAUCUUCCUCGCCCUUGCUUUAUUCCUGGCCACAGUGCUCUAUAUUUUGAAAAAAAGACUCUUUCCAUUUUUAUAGACUUCCAAAGCUAAACUGAGCUAUUACAAAAGAUCAGAAAGAGACGGCAUAAUAACAGCAGUCCUUUUAAAGAAAAUAAUACAGGGGUAUUGCAGCAGCUGAAUGAUGGUUAGAGCAGGCCUGGCUUUAUACUGUCCCCAUGGAGCGUGUGACCCGCCUAAGAAGAGCUUAAAUGAGCACGAGUUG